AUGUCUGACACCCAGGAAGCGGAAAGUACUCUAACAGCGAAAAGAUGGAGAGGACAUGCGUACUUUUGGGCCGUUCGAUUCUUGACGCCAGAGGAAAACGAUCAUUUAGGCGAACUUGCUGAUAAUCUGUAUGACUCCAUCUAUCUAGUCAACAGUGAACAUCGCAACGAUGCUAAAAAUUCUCUUGACGACGGUCUGAGAAAUUGGCGUGCACAUGCCCAUAUCACAGAAGAUCGAGUCGUUGCAUACUUCUCUGCUCUCUUUCGCCUUUUUGUUUUCGGGUUUAUUUGUAGAUGCCCAGCUCCAAGUACUCACCAAGCUGAGACCUGCACAAUAGAGAAGAGACGAGAAGUGAUAUGGCCUCGGCUUGAAGAAACCAUCAUAAACUUCCAGAAUCUGAAUGACCCGCACUUUCUGCAGCCGUCCCAGGUCACUGACGAUAUUAUCGCGAUCUGCGAAGACCCUGUCGUGGCUCCUCACUUUGUCGCCGGAGGCAAGUUCGCUCCUCAAUUCGCGAAUUUCCAGAAGUUUUGUCUUUUACUAUAUAGGAAGGGUAUUCUCCAGCAUUUGGCACCUGCCGAAUUUGCCGUCAAUGAGUUCUUCGUUAAAGGUAUCAAGGCCGAUGUAACAUUCUACUGGGUAUGUCAGUGGUUCAUAUAUGCUUCCAGAGACAUAUUUGAGUCGGUUGACAACGCAAAAGACAAUUGGAUGUUAUGGCACAUGGACAUAAUUCAACAAGCAUUAGUCUAUAAGGCCGAGUUUAACAUUGAUGGAGAUGCACUUGGCGGUCUACAAAAGUUGAUUCUUUGCGGCAAGAUUGCAGGAACAGAAAUGAGGAAGGUCUCCGGAGCACUCUCUGCCCAGGUGCAACUCCUCGUGGACGGGCUUCACGAAUUGCGAGAUGAUGUUCAUGGCGGAGGCCGUGCAUAA